ACUAUGAAUGAUGCUUCUUAACAGGUCAUGUGAGGAAGACGAUGAAACAGCUUUAUGUCACCUUAUGCUGAGAGGAGAUGUAGGGCACACAAUAUGACCAGCGUGACAGGGGCCUUAAUGCAGCACCUACUCCAGCUUGUAGCAAUGUCGGCAAUUUGAAAGGCACUCCGGUGGCCACCCCAUGUACUCCUCGGCACCUGAGUUUGGUAGAAUCCUUCACUAAUGUUCGGGAAUCCACAACUACAAUGACUACAUCCUUAGGACUCGUAUGGCUACUCAAGGAACAUGGGAUAUCAGCAGCAGUGUAUAAACCACAAAGUUGGGAUAGAGUUGGUAGGAGCACUCUUCUGAGCACAUAUUCUCCAAGAAUGACUGUCAUUCCUUCCACUCCUCCAAACUCACCUAUGCAGACACCUUCUUCUUCCCCACCAUCUUUUGAGUUCAAAUGUUCCAGUCUUCCUUAUGACAACUUCCUGGCUUCCAAACCAGCUAAUUCAAUUCUGAAGGAAGUAAGGGACAAAAAUAAUAUCAGAAACAGUGAAAGUCAAACUGACGUGUCUGUCUCUAACCUUAACUUAGUGGACAAAGUAAAAAGAUUUGGAAUUGCCAAGGUAAUAAGUUCAGGGGAAACACAAGCUCUUAAAUUAACUGAUAAACAAGGACCUAUUUUCUAUGGAUCAAAAAAGUCUGGAGGCCUGCUGCCUGAGAGUUUGCCUUUGGGUUGCCCUGUUGUGACAACUGCUAUUGGAGGCAUUCAGUUGAACACUGGCAUUAGAAGGAAUAGAAGUUUCCCAACUAUGGUUGGUUCAAGCAUGCAGAUGAAAGGUCCAUCAACUCUAACCCCUGGAAUCCUAAUGGGUGGAAAACUUCCCAAGCAAACUAGCUUACGAUAAAUGGCUUAAUAUACAGUUGUGCUCAUAAGUUUGCCUACCCUGGCAGAAUUUAUGAUUUCUUGGCCAUU